UAUCGUGUGGCUGUGGCCGGGUGGGUGCCCGCAAAUGCGCAAAGAAAAGACGGCAGAAGAAGACCAGCGGGGUUGGGGAGGGCGCGGCAGUCCCGCAAAAGAUUGAACGCGUCGAGGAGGCCGCGCCCCAAAAGAAAAGGCAUCGCGCCCCCCAGCGCAGCGCACUGCUUUACAACUGCAGGCUCCUCCUCCUCCUCGCCGGUGUCGCUGGGUCCCUGCGCGGGAAGGCGCGGCGUGUUGCAGGGGCCGCCGCAACCCCUCCGCCGCGCGUACCACAAACUGGUGCGGUGCGAGGAGAGAAAUAA